AUGAAGCAGCGUAUCACUAGUUUAGAUUUACAAAUACUCACUUCAGAGUUGUCCAAAGAACUAUCUAAUUAUAGAUUACAGAAUAUCUACAAUGUUGCCAGCAAUUCCCGACAAUACUUGUUCAAGUUUUCUAUCCCUGAUUCAAAGAAAGUAGUGGUCUUAGAGUAUGGUAACAGGAUACACCUUACUGAUUUUGAGAGACCAGCAACACAACAACCAACUAAUUUUGUGACCAAAUUAAGAAAGCAUUUAAAAACAAGAAGAUUAUCAGGUAUUAAACAGAUUUCCAAUGAUAGAAUCUUAGUAUUGGAAUUUAGCGAUGGGAAAUACUAUUUGGUUUUGGAAUUCUUUAGUGCUGGUAAUGUUUUACUAUUGGACGAAUCUCAAAAAAUUUUAGCUUUGCAGAGAUUGGUUUCUGCCAAAGAGGAGAAUGAUAGGUAUGCAGUAAAUGAAGAGUACAAAAUGUUUGACAAGUCAUUAUUUCAACAAGAUUUCCAUUAUGAAAAAAGAUUGUACACUUUGGAUGAAGUUGAAUCGUGGAUUCAAACUCACAAGUUGAAAUUAAGUCAAGCCAGCGAUAACAAAAAGGCAAAAGUCUUUUCUAUCCACAAAUUAGCGUUUAUUAAUGCUAGCCAUUUAUCUGGAGAAUUGAUUCAAAAAUGGUUUUUUGAACUGGGAAUUGAUCCAAGUCAAAGCUGUUUGAGUUUUGAAGAUAACCAGGAAGCUCUUCAACAGGUGGUUAAUGCUUUGGGCGUAUGUGAGGAUAAGUACAUUGAUUUGAUAAAUGGGGCAAUUGACAACGAAGGGUACAUAGUGGCCAAGAAAAAUAACAAAGCUAGUGAAAAUUCAGAGUUGGAGUACAUUUACGACGAGUUCGAUCCAUUCGAACCUUAUAAACCGAACCAGGAAGGCUUAAAAUUUAUCCCAGUUUCAGGUUAUAAUAAAACUUUGGACAAGUUUUUUUCAAAUAUUGAGUCGACAAAAUUUUCUAUGAAGAUUGAACAACAAAAGGAAAAUGCUGCAAAGAGACUAGAGAAGGCACGAAGUGAACGUGAUAAACAAAUUGAUUCUUUAGUUGCUCAGCAGAAAUUAAACGCUAAGAAAGGGGAAUUGAUUCAAUAUCAUUCUGAAUUGGUGGAAGAAUGUCGCAAUUAUGUACAACUGUUCAUUGAUCAACAAAUGGAUUGGACAAAUAUCGAAACUGUUAUAUCCCUUGAGCAAAAAAAGAAGAAUGACUUGGCUAAACAUAUCCAGUUACCGUUAAAUUUGAAGGAAAACAAAAUUAAAGUUUUGUUAGAGGAUUUUGAUGAUUAUGAAGAAAGUACUGAAUCUGCUAGUGCUACUGAAACUGAAUCCGAAACUGAAUCCGAAACUGAUUCUGAUUCUAGUUCAGAAUCAGAAAGUGAUAACGAUGAAGAUAAGAUUCCUGUAAAACGUACCCAAAGAAAAAAGAAUGCCAAGGAGAAGCCCAAAAGAAAAACUGUUCCUACUUGGAUUGAUUUAUCGCAGAGUGCAUUUGCCAAUGCAAGGAGUUAUUUUGAUUCCAAAAAGACUGCAGAAACGAAACAAGUGAAAGUUGAAAGUAGCACAAGUAUGGCCCUUAAAAAUGCUGAAAGGAAAAUAAACCAGGAUUUGACAAGAAGUCUUAAACAGGAAAACGAGACAUUAAAAGAAAUCAGACCUAAAUAUUGGUUUGAAAAAUUCUUCUGGUUUGUUUCUUCUGAAGGAUACUUGUGUUUGGCAGGGAAAGAUGCGUCACAAACUGAUAUGAUUUAUUAUAGACAUUUUAGUGACAAUGACUCGAUUGUUAGUGCCGAUAUGGAAGGAUCUUUGAAGGUGUUUAUCAAGAACCCGUUGAAGGGAGAAGCAUUACCACCAUCAACACUUAUGCAGGCAGGUAUCUUUGCAAUGUCGACUUCCUCAGCCUGGAAUGGGAAAGUGACCACUUCGGCUUGGGUGCUUCAUGGAACAGAAAUUUCAAAACGAGAUUAUGAUGGGUCAAUUGUCCCAGAAGGUGAAUUUAAUUAUCUUGUUCAAAAGGAAUACUUACCUCCAGCUCAGUUGGUUAUGGGUUUUGGAUUCUAUUGUUUGCUUGAUGAAGAGUCUACUAAACAUUAUGCUGAAAUUAGAACCAAAAGAGAGUUGGAACAUGGAUUCACAAUAGUUGUUGAUAAUAAAAAGAAGGAGCUAGAAGAUAUAAAAUUGGCUCAACAAGCAAACUCAAAGGAAACUACAACACAAGAGCAAUGUGUUGAUAAAUCUUCCGACACUGAUGACGAUGAUGAUGCUGAUAAUUCGGAGUCUGAUACUGUGUCUGUUACUGCCAAUAUCGAGGAAAAGCUGGGAAUAUCUCAGCAAUUGCCAAGGGGUAAAAGAUCGAAACUUAAAAAGAUUGCUGCUAAAUACAGAGACCAAGAUGAAAAGGAAAGAAAAUUGAGGAUGGAAGCACUUGGUACACUUAAACAGGUGGAGGAAAGAUUGAGUAAAACUCAAAUUGAAGACCUGGAGAAAUCAGAAUCAGUAAAGAAACAACAACAAAAGGAAAUGAUUUUGGAAAGAAAAAAGAAACAGAAAGAAAGAGAAUUGCAAAAGUACCUCUUGGGUGAUGACAAUGAUGAGGAAACUAAUGAAGAAUCCCACAUAGUAAACUACUUGGAGAUUUUGGAUUCAUUUACUGCUAAACCAUCAACAAAAGAUACAAUUGUGGGGCUAGUUCCAGUUUUUGCACCUUGGUCUGCAUUGCAAAAAUUCAAAUACAAAGUGAAAGUACAGCCUGGAUCUGGCAAGAAAGGUAAGUGUAUUGGUGACUCUAUCAAUUAUUUUGUGAAUAGAAAAAUAGACAAUUGUUCCAGUGAUGUGGAUUUGGACUUGCCACAAGAAAGGGAGUUUAUUAAGAACUUCAAAACAAAUGACAUUGUUGGUAUUUUCACAGUUGGGAAAGUUAAAUUAGCUUUGCCAGGUGGUUCUGGUGAUAGCAAUAAGGGUGGCAAAUCAAAUAAUAAGAAACCAGCAUCGAAAAAGGGUAAUAAGAAGAAAUGA